UGAGACAGCCCUUUUUUCUUCUUUUACCUGAAGCAGCUGUGAAAUAAAAACAAUUUUUAAAUAAAAACCUCGGAAAAAACAAAAAUGAAUGUUGGCGAUAGAAUUGAAGUUAAGGAGACGGAUAUGAAGCCAAAUAUGGUCACUCAAGCGAUGGAUAUUGUAAGGGAUGGAAUACAAAAACACAGUCAAGAUAAAGAUAUUGCUAGUUUUGUUAAAGAUACUUUUGAACAACGUUUUGGCCCUACUUGGCAUUGUGUAGUGGGAAGGAGCUUUGGUUCUCGAGUUUCUUAUGAAUUGGAGACUUUUGUAUUACUUAAAGCUAAUCAACAUACUGUACUUGUUUUUAAAUGUGGAUGAAAUAAAAAAGAAUAAUCAAAAAAAGUAAAAAUUAUAUUUUAAAUAAUAAUCAAAAAAAUUUUUUAAUGUUUUACACAAUUCAUGAAUAAAUGUUUUUAAGCAUGAGCAGCAAAUAAUCUAGAAAAAAAUUAAUUAGGUAUCUUAGUAACAAUUCGUCUUAGACAUAUAAAAAUCAGUUAUUACUUUGAAAAAUUAGGAAAUCUUAUUUCCAAAAAAACACGGAAAUAAUCUUACUUCGGUUAUAAUCCCACUUAAUGGCCGGCCCCUAGACAAGGAUAAUGUAUGCGGUAAAGAAAGUAAAGGUGUAAGAAGGUUCCUGCUGUGGCUAUGCUUUUGAUGAACUCCUACUACUAUGAUAACGAGAUUCAACUGAUGUAUUUUUUUUAUUUUUAUAUUACCUGACACUGGAAACGGAUGAAAUAUUUCCGGGGGUUCUCUGGAGCAGGUCAAUUUAC